UUUCACUCUUGUGUGGCUCUUCUUGUCACUAUAUUUAAUAUGGGUCCAUGCCAUUUAUCCUACUACUUCUGCAAGUGACCCCUGUUUUGGCCUUUUUCUCUUUCUUGCUUUUAAUGGUUUGCUUCAGAUGAUUGUCCUACUAGUUUACAAGACCUCUUUUUUCUUUUCUGUGUUUUUAGCUUUAAUAUCUGGUGGACAUUGUGUUCUCCUGUCUUCUGUUUUGGUUCUGUGAGAUGGAGUAUAUAAUUAUGCACACACACAAAGAUCAUGAUUUUUCAUAGGCUCUGACUCUGAAUUUUCACAUUCUUGGUCUUUGGGUCAUGAAAAAUGAGCUUACUUUUUUUUUCCCCUUCAUGCAAGCAAGUAAACUUGUUACUUUCUGCCUUGCUUUUUAAGCUUUAAGUCAUUUUCUGCAGAGUGGAUACUGAGUAUGUUUAAUGCAUGAAUGCUUGGAUUGGCUUUUACAUAUUGUUCUCAUGGCUAAAGAAGAAUAAUAGUAGAAUCUCUCUUACAGACCUGGCUUUUUAUUUUUUACUAUUUGCUUGUUUGGAAAAUGAGGAAACCAACAAAUUUUUGUGAAUUUUGUACAGCAUUUCCUUGUUUUGGGUUCCUUUAGGAAAACUACACACACAUGAUGUCAAUGAUACAAAUGCUAGCAACCAUAUAUGUAUCUUUUGAUUAGAAAACUCAGUCUGCAUAGAUCUUUCGAGCCCAUCAUUUUGAAUAAUUGUUGUUGUGACAAGCCUACUGAAGGAGAUUUAAAGUCCAUGAAGUUUUUUUGUUAGUAGAUCACAAUUUUUCUGCAGAUCACUGCAAGGAAGUUGGCAUUGCAAGGUGGAAUCCUCAAAAUUAUUCCAUUCUUGUAUGUCUUUUGGUACCUGAAGAUCUGAAGCACUUCUCUAAAACGAAAGCAACCUCGUCUGUAAGUAGAGACUAGCAGCUCCUAAAAGAAUCAAGAGCUACCAUAAGUUAAAUAUCUAGUUCUGCGUUGGACUUAGAUGGAUUCAUUUACGGUGCCCACGAAUAUGGACUGCCCGAACCAUAUAAUUGAGGAGGAUAAAUUUUUAUGUUCAACCUCAAUUUCUGGUUAUCAGUCAAAUCUACACAAUCUGAACGAGCAAAGCCAGAUCAUGGCUGAAUUUCCUGCACUUUGCUUGACACAAGGUGAAUUUCUGAAUCAUCUCCAGUGGCAUCCUCACCUCAAUUAUCAUGGCGAGAUACCUAGUUAUACUGCAUUUACCUCCAGGAGUUCGCAGCAAGAGAGAGUCCCUGACUCGACAGGAAGAUUGUAUCCAACCAGUAACACCGAGAAUCAGGUUAAGUAUAUGGGCGGAAUGGCUACUUUUGGUGCUGCACAUGCAAACCUUGCGAAUUUUAAUGGCAAAGAGACUCCUCCAGCAUGCGCUCAAGAAGUGAUGAAACCUUUUGUUUCAAAUGACUAUGAUACUGGGCGAUCUUCACUUGGAACUUUUGGAAACCAUGAGGAGAGGAAUGUUAAUGUAAGAAGUAAAAGGGACUCGCACAAUAAUCUUGCUCCUCAAUUUGCUAGGCCGGUUCCUGAAAUAACAGAAUUUGAACCACUCAUAACCAUGGGAAACAUGGAUCAAAAUGGGUGGGUUUCAGCAGAAAAUAGAAGUAUGAGUUCGGAUUAUACUUCUGGAUCAUCAAAAUACAGCAACGAGCUAUCACCGAGUCUUUCUGUAUCACAGCCAGCAGCUAUACGCACAAUAACUUUUCCAGAACAUUGUUCAGAGAUUAGUGGUUCAGGUUCAGAGCAAGCUUCUUGCAACAUCAGUAAUUUUUCUCCAAAUUUAAGUUAUCAACCUGUCCAACUUUCAAGCCUGUUAUCUGGAUCAAGAUUUCUUACAGGGUUGCAAGAAAUACUUUCCGAACUUGCAACGUAUUGUUUUAAAAAUUCAGGUCGUGUAGGCUAUUUUGCUGGUAGAACUAGCUCCAGGAUAAAUAUUCCACACGCUUCAAGUCAAGAUGCUGAAAGAAGUUAUACACCAAUGGAUCCUGAUAGCUCUAAUGAUGAUAAUUACCUCCCGACAAGGGGACAGGAAGUUGAAACGAGGAAGAACUUGCUUGAUUUACUGCAAAUGGUAGACAAUCAGUACAACCACUGCUUAGAUGAAAUCCAUAAAGUAAUAUCUGCAUUCCACUCGGUAACUGAACUGGAUCCUCAUAUACAUGCUCAUUUCGCUCUUCAAACAGUUGAUAUGUUGUAUAAGAACCUGAGGGAGAGAAUCAGCAAGUCUGUCCUUGCACUGGGGGCUCGUCUCCAUGAUGGAAGUAGAAAGGAAGAGGAAAUGCCAUUUGAAACCUCUUUUAUCCAGAAACAGUGGGCUCUCCAGCAGUUAAGAAGAAAAGAACAUCAGUUAUGGAGACCCCAGAGAGGCUUGCCAGAAAGAUCAGUCUCCGUGUUAAGGGCAUGGAUGUUUCAAAACUUUCUUCACCCGUAUCCAAAAGAUGCUGAGAAGCAUUUGCUUGCCGUAAAAAGUGGAUUGACUAGAAGCCAGGUGUCCAAUUGGUUUAUAAAUGCUCGAGUUCGGAUCUGGAAACCAAUGAUAGAUGAAAUGUACUCAGAGAUGAACAGGAGGAAACGCCAUCAGAACAAUGAAGAGAUCGAUAGCCAUCAAAGAAACCAUAUAAGCAUCGACGGCCAUCGUUUUAGAAUGUUUUAACUGAGAUUAAAUCGGAAUAUUAUGUAUAUGUCUGUUGCAAUUGCUUGGUAAUGUAACUUAUAGAUUCAGUGCAAGACAUCAUUAUGCACAAUAGUAGAUAACUAUCUAUAUAAUCUUGAUUAUAUAUGAAUCAAAUGGAUUUUCAGUUCAAGUUUUGUGCCGGCUUUAUGCAUAUGUGUCAGAAGACUCCGAACUGUCAGGAACCAGCCCUAAAAGUAAUAUCGAUAACUUAGGGCUGCCAGGAAGGUUCUGACAUGCUACCGGUAAAGAGUAAAGUCUAGGGUGUUCUAUCGUAAACAGACUUGGGAUUUGCGAUACCAGGUAAAAUCGGUAAAGAAGG